CAUCAAGCUCUGAAAGGAUGAUGUAGUAGCCAAUGUACGAUUUUCAACCGAUACGGACAAUUUAUUUGUUUGAAGACAAAAUCUCGGCAAAACAUUUGGAAAGCUGACAGAACUGUAAAACACGCCUAAAACACAUUUUACUUUAGCGCGAUUUGAGAUAUUUUAAUUUGUUAUUUGAGUUAUGUUUAUUUACACAAUGACAUGCACUUACUUGAGACACUAUCAGCUAGAGCAAGAGUAAGUGGAUUAAGUAGGUUAGACUGCAUUGGGAAAUGGGAUUGAUAACAAAGGUAACAUAAAGUUGGAGUACGAACCAUAUCACUUUGUCAGAUAUAAACUAGAGUUUAUAAAGGCAUCUCGCUCAAGUGGUUUAACUUACUUAUGUUCUAGUUUAUACAAAGAUGAUGCUGGCUGCAAACAAGAUUACUCUACUGACAUUCAUCCAGAUAUUGAUUACCGGCUCAAGAUCAAUAUCUAUCACCAACAACACCUUUCUGCCGGGCGUGCUAAAUCGAGCACGGACAACCGAAAUACUUUUUCCAACGGAACCGGCAUGCGAUGGAACCCGACCAGUUCUCUGCGUCGGGUGUCGAACGGUGAAAAUUUGCGUGGGUCUUCCCGAACCGAACAAUCCCACUCAGCUAUGCCCAACGGAAUCACCCUACUGCCAUUCGGAAACCGGUGCGUGCUCCUUCAUUCCAGACAAUAGCCAAGCCGACUGCUCCAACGUCCCACCACCUAGCUCCCCACUGUUAUUCUACUGCAUGGGUGAAGGAUUCUAUCCGGAUCCGUAUUCGUGCUCCAGCUACUACUACUGCGAGGGGGAAAGUGUCCCAGGUGACCUGUAUCAGUGCCCUCCCGGCUACAAAUAUAACAGCAAAGCCCGAUUGUGCCAGCGUGUUCCUGCUCACUGUAAGCCGGAGUUGUGCGGGGAGCUGGAUUGUACGCCAACAGCCGCCACCUUCAAACCUUAUCCGUUGGAUGACAAAUAUUACUACUACUGCGAGUACGAUUCAAACGACCCAACGGCUGCACCUCGCAUACUGAUGAUCGCAUGCGACGACGGUGCCAGCUUCGAUCAGAACCUGUCGAGGUGUGUCUUCAGGUGCCCGCGCGAGGGACUGUUUGCCAAGUCGUCAAAUAGAAACAAGUACUACCAGUGCUACAGAGCGAACCGGCGGCUGGUGUACGCCGAACUGAGCUGUCCCGUUCCGACGCAGGUGUUUGACGAUGUGAAGAAAGUGUGCGUAACGGGAACGUAACAGCUGAUAAGGUUGGAGGUGAUGAAUUGUGGGUAAAGAAACACUCUAAUGU